AUGCCGCCCAAGACCACGCGCUAUUCAACAGUCUCCCACGCGGACACUUACGACGACGAUUCGUCAGCGACGGAGGUUGACGGGGCCUUCGCGGGCGGCGAGAAGCAGUGGCACCAAAUUGACCUGGACACGGAGCACAAGUCGCAAGGGCACACAUGGAAGCGGCUCAAGGGGGCGCUGCGGCGGCACCGGUGGCUCAUCGACACACUUCUGCUGCUCACCAACAUCGGGCUCUCACUGGGGCUGUCGCUGCUGUUGUACUUCCAGUUCGAGGACUUUAGGUUCCCUUCGAGCACGAGGCAGGUCGGCGGGGACUACACGGGGGCCGGGCCGCAAUGUGAGUUGCGAGGAGACUCUCAAAGGCUCUGGAAAGACGCAGGAGACAAGUUGGCUGACACGCGGAUUAUCUUAGUCCCCGUCAAGAUUCAAAAGUUCGACGCCGACUACAAGUUUGUGCCGCCCAACGCGACGGAGUUUCUGUCCUCAACGACGCUGGGCCAUUGGCGGACCAUCAUGCCGGCCGGCGCCGGAUGGAAGUCAGAAGAUGAUGGGCCGUUUUUCACGACGACUAUGACGCACCAACUGCAUUGCAUAUACAUGAUAGGCCGCUUCUACUCGGGCCUCGCCUCCGGCAACACCGCUGGGCUGCCGGCGGACCACGACACGCACUUCUACCACUGCAUCGACUACCUCCGGCAGGCCGUCAUGUGCUCGGCGGACCUGGCGCUGGAACCGCACCUCGCGACGGACGCUGACGACAACGGGCCCGGCGACGGCAGCUGGAACGGCAUGCACGGGCAAAUCGCCGAGGGGGUUCGCGUCGUGCUGCCGAUAGACGACUAG